AUGAAUUCAGAAUUAGGAUCUAUUUCAGAACGGGCUCCUUUAAAGACUUAACCAACAAUUCCAAAACAACCUCAACGACCUGCUUUUUUAAAAACAGUUAAUUUGAAAACUUUGUAAAAUCAGAAAUUAUUUUCUUUUCAAAAUAAAAUCUGGAAAGAUAAAGCAUUAUUAGUUUUAAUAUAAGUGCUUCGAUUUAUUUCUUUAAUAACUCGUAGUCCUUUUGCAUCUAAAUUUUCAUUGUUAGAUGGAAACAUGUUCAAGAUCAUUGGAGACAAAGCUUCAGAUUUUAAUUAUUACUUAUUGCAUGAUUUCUUCAAAUACAUGGUAGUAUAAUUAAUUUAAAUAAGAAACCUUAACCAUCAUCAAGGUUGAAGUACUUCAUAUAAAAAAACCUAUAUAAAUGCUGCUAAAUGAAAGGUGUCUUAGAUUCUUUAAUUAAUUUGAAGAUAAUUAUAGAGCCAGAAUCAAUAUUUCUUAUAGUUUGGAAUAUAAUUCAGCUUUUUGUUAUAAAUAUCAAUAUUUUAUAUAUUACAGUGAAAUUUUCAUUUGAUUUUGAAAAUUAUCCUCCUGAGCAAUUUUAGUUAUGUGAAAUUUAUCUAUUAAAAGUUCCUUAUUACUUAUAUUUAUUUGAUAUUGUUAUGAAAUUGAAUACUUGCUAUUAUGAAUCUGGAUAUCUUGUAAGAGACAGGAAUAAAAUUUUAGAUAACUUCUAUAAAAACUGUAAAUUAAUCAUUAAAAUUAGAUUUUCCUAUAAAUCUUCUGAUUAUUGUUCCAGUAACUCUAUAUUUCAUUGGUUUAACUGAAGUUCCUUUGUAUUUAUUUUUGAUAAUGAAAUCUAUAUAAAUUCCAGAAAUAAUGGAAUCUAUAAUAGAUAGGAUGGAGUUAACUACAAAUUAUUGGGUAACAUAUGAUUUACUUCGAUUAAUCUAUGUAAUAUUGUAUUAAUCACAUAUCUGUUGUUGUGGAUUAUAUUAUGUAGGAUUAUUAGAUAAAGAAACAUCAUGGCUAUUAUCAAAUAAUUUAUUACAAGAAACAUGGAUUAUUAAAUAUGUACAUUUUUAAUUUCAAAAUUAGUUUAAUACAUAUUAUUGGAGUAUUGUUACUAUGACAACUAUAGGAUAUGGAGAUGUAACACCUUAAAAUUUAAUAGAAAGAGUUUAUCUAAUUUUUGUUGCAAUUGUUUCAUGUUGUACAUUUGGUUAUUCAAUAAAUUGUAUUGGUUAAAUACUUGGACAAUUAUAAUCUAAAAAUCAUCAAAUAAGAGUUGAUUUAAAUGAUUUAAAGUAAUUUCUCAGAAUAAGAGGUUAUAAUAAUAAAUUAUAAAUUAAAAUUUUAAGAUUUUUUGAAUUUUUAUGGAAAGAUUAAAGAAACGAAAAUAAGUUAGAUUUAAAAAAAUUUAAUUAAUAGCUUCCAUCUCAUCUUUAUAAUGUACUAUAAUCUUUUUAAUUUAUAGGAAAUGAUGAUAGAUUUAAAUAUGAAAAGUAUCUCAAAGAUUCCUUUUUUUAAGGAUAACUUUAAUGAAGAUUUUAUAUCAGCAUUAGCUUCUAAAUUUGUUGAAGAGAAAUUAGUUCCAUUUAAUACAAUAUAUUAAAAAAAUGAUAUUAGCAAUUUUCUAUAUAUAUUAUGUGAUGGUGAAAUAGAAUAUUUUGUAGAACUUCCUGAAGGAUCUGCAAAUAUUUUGAGUAUUUAAACUAUUUCAGGUUAAGAUUAAAUAUUUGGAUAACAAGAAUUUCUUUUGGAUUAAAAUUAUGAUAUUAGUUGUAGAUCACUUACAUCAUCUAGAAUCUUAAAAAUAUCGAAGAGUGAUUUCUAAAACAUUGCAAAAAAAUAUGGUUAUGUAUCAAAUUUUUAUAAUUUUAAAUUAGGAAAAAUAUUGUGAAUUAAAAGAUCUAGUUAAAUUUUCUGGCAGAUAUGAUGAGUUUCAUUUACACUGUAUUGGAUGUAAUAAGUCUACACAUAUGCUUUAUUAAUGUCCAAUGUUAACUGGUUUUCCAAACAAAUCAAAAAUCAUUCUUAAAUGUAGAAAAAACUAAAUUUAAGAAAGAAAAUACAUUAGUAGAAAAAAUAUUAAAAGAAGACUCUCAUCUUUAAUCUUUGAAACUUAAAUAUCUGAUACUGUUUUAUAUUAUUUAUUGCAAGAUCCAAAAUUAUCAUAGUAAAUUAGUUCAAAGUACUUUAUCUAAUCAUUAAAAUAAUAAUAACUCUAAAAGGAUUAAAUUAAAGAUAAUUAAAAGGAUAGUUCUUCUAAAUAAAAUGAAGCUUAAAACGGUAGUUCUAAAAAUAUAUCAAUUUUAAAUAUUUAAGGAAGAAAAUAAUCUCAGUAUAUAAAAAGAAUGACUGGACUUUUUAGUAAAUCUCUAUUAAAUUUUAAAUCACCACAAGAGGAUAAAAUAAAGGCUGCAUUAGAGUCCAUUUAAAAAAAUGUUUCCGGUUUUGAUACAGAACAAAAAACUCCAUUUAUAGGAGAAUGUAUAAAGUUUAGAACUAAUUUGGAAAAAAACUAAGAUGAGAUUCAUCCAACAGAACAUUAAAAAUUAACACAAGAUAUUGCUAAAUCUUUAAAUUUUAAACCUAUAAAUCAAUUCACAAAAUAAUAAUGUGAUUAUUAAGAUCCUAUUACGUUAAGUGAAAUGUAAAUUUCAUCAGAUUCUGAAAUUGAUAACAAUUCAAAAUUGUAAUUGAAAGAGAUAAGUCCAGUCAUAGAUUUUAGAAAUUAAUAAUAUAUGGGAACAUAUAAAGAUAUUUAUGAAGAAUUUGAUAAAUGCUAAAACUUUUAAAAUUAUAUGACUCAUAUGAAUUCUCAUAAAAUUUUAGAUCAAAUAAAUUAAAGCAAAGAUUCCUAGAAUUUCACAGACUUCAUGAUAGUAAAUUUUGUUAGAAAACAUAGAUCAAAAAGAGCAAAAUUAAUAAUUAAAGUUGAUGAUUGA